GUGUUUCAUUUAUCAUCAUUUAAUUAAUGUUAUAUGCUUAAUUUCAAGUUUAAUUUAUUCCUAAUAUUUGACUUUGAUACUUGUAGUAUUUGUUCUAGUUGCUGAAUUAGAGAAUUGCUUACAUAUCCUACGAUUCAUAGAGUUGUUUCGGAUAACGGUGUAACUCAGUGGCCCGUGUUUUUGACAGUUAAAUUAAACACGUAGGAUAUGAAGUAUCUAAAAGAAUAAAUAGCGAGGCUAAUGCCAGGCGUAUUGCUAUGGUCGAAAACUGCUUUGGCAGUUCUGGCCAGUCACUUGCAGUACCUGGAAGAGUUCUAGUUGGAGAAGGGGUAUUAACAAAAAUGUGCAGGAAAAAGCCAAAACCAAGACAGUUCUUUUUGUUUAAUGAUAUACUGGUUUACGGUAACAUUGUAAUGAACAAAAAAAAGUACAACAAACAACACAUUAUACCACUUGAAGAAGUCAAACUUGAAUCUUUAGCUGAUGAUGGUCAAUAUCGUAAUGGCUGGCUUAUAAAAACAGUAACAAAGUCCUUUGCUGUUUAUGCUGCUACUGCAACAGAGAAACAAGAAUGGAUGGCUCAUAUUACAAAAUGUAUCGAGGAUUUGUUAAGAAAAAGUGGUAAGAAACCAGUCGAAGUUCAUGCAGCGGUUUGGGUCCCAGAUAAUGAAGCUACAAUUUGUAUGCACUGUAAUAAAACGCAGUUCACAGUCCUGAACAGACGGCACCACUGUAGGCAAUGCGGAGCUGUUGUUUGUGGACCAUGCAGUAAUAAAAAAUUACUGCUACCUGGACAAGGAAAUGGAAAAGCAGUUCGAGUUUGCUUGCAAUGCUAUGAUGCGGCUAGUAAAGUAAAGGCAUCAUGUCCAUCUACUGUUGAUAGCUUAAAUAAUAAGGAUCAACAACGUAAUUCUGCAGAUAGUUCAGGAGGUGACAGUUCUGGUGAUGACGAUGAUGGCAAUAAAGAGGAAAAUCAUGAUGAGCCUAAAUUUUAUUCUACACUUGCCCGAUGAAAUUAAUCACACUACAUUGAAUUAUGACAUAUUACAUUGAACAGCAAUAUAAACAGGACUACUAUUCAGAACUAUAUUUUUAAAAGUCAAUAAUUUUAAGCUGUCAAUGAUAUUAACAAUGAUAGUAAUUUAAAGAUUGUUAAUGCUAAUCUUAAAUUAUAUUUAUGCGAUGAUUUAAGAAAGAAACACGUCUGUGUAUAAAUAAUU